CUGUGGGGCUGGAGCUGGAUUCAGCUGGUGGCUUCUCUCUGAUGGGGCCGGCUUGGCUGUGGCUGCUGGGAGCUGAGAUUCUGGCCUCAGUUCACUGUCAGCUGUUUUCCGCCCAUGGAGAGAAGAGUCUGGAGGAACUUUCCAUGCCCAGCCACCAGCGACUAGAGCCAGGCCCAGCCUACCACAAAGUCACACCCACCAUUACCAGUUUUGCUUUGCAUUUGUAUAAGCAACUGGCCACCAAGACACCAGGAAACAUCCUUUUCUCCCCAGUGAGCCUCUCCAGUACCCUGGCCCUGCUGUCUCUUGGGGCCCAUGGUGACACUCGGACUCAGAUCCUGCAGGGCCUGGGCUUCAACCUCACAGAGACCCCAGAAGCUGACAUCCACCGGGGCUUCCAGAGCCUUCUGAGUACCCUUGACCUGCCCAGCCCCAAACUGGAACUGAAGGUGGGGCACUCCCUGUUUCUCGACAAGCAGCUGAAACCCCAGCGGCAGUUCCUGGACAAGACCAGGGAGCUAUAUGGAGCCCUGGCCUUCUCUACCAACUUCACAGCUUGGGAGGCCACUGGAAGGCUGAUCAGUGACUUGGUGAAGAAACAGACCUAUGGGAGAGUGGUAGACUGCCUUCCAGACUUCAGCCACGAUACGCUUGUGGUUCUCACGAACUACCUCUUCUUCAAAGCCAAGUGGAAGCAUCCUUUUGACCGCUACCAGACCCGGAAGCAGGAUGGCUUCUCCACAAAUGAGAGGCCCAUGCCCCGCAUCCCCAUGAUGCAGCAGAGGGAAAUGCACAGGUUCCUGUAUGACCACGAGGCGGCCUGCACUGUCCUCCAGAUCGAGUACAGCGGCAAUGCUCUGCUGCUGCUGGUCCUCCCAGACCCCGGGAAAAUGCGACAGGUGGAGGCCGCCCUGCAGCCAGAGGUGCUGAGACGGUGGGGCCAAUUGUUCCUGCCCAGUCUGUUGGACUUACACUUGCCAAGGUUUUCGGUUUCUGGAACAUACAACCUGGAAGAGGUCCUUCCCCACCUUGGUCUCAGCAACCUGUUCAACACGGAAGCUGAUCUAUCAGGAAUCAUGGGGCAGCUCAACAAAACCAUCUCCCUGGUAUCACACAGGGCAGUGGUGGAAAUGAAUGAGAAGGGAACCGAGGCCGCCGCUGCCUCUGGCCUCGUCGCCUCCCAGCCCCUGUCUCUGAACAUGACAGCGGCCCCACAUGCCCAUUUCAAUAGGCCCUUCCUGCUGCUUCUCUGGGAGGUGACCACUCAGAGUCUGCUCUUCCUAGGAAAAGUGGUGAACCCUGCCGCGGGGUGA